GAGAUGAUACCCUUUAACAAUUUGUGUGUGCGCACUUAUGCUUCGGCCUUGCGAUACUUAGGUGUUUUCCAAACCACCCGCAGAAGUAAAGUUUGGGUUUGCGGAGCUGUGCGUUCAUGGUGCUCUACUGCAGGGCACAAACGUAUGUCAGUCAGUAGCAUGGAGGACCUCCUCAGAAAGAUUGUGAUACCACUACCCACAUACGAGACAAGAGAAAAGUCUCCGCCUCCCCCGGAAUCAAACUGUGUGGAAUUUAUGCACUUUUACAGGAGUCUAGAGAAAGAGCAGAGACUUGAAUUCCUGGAAAAGCUAUCACAAGAGUUCGGUGUGGAUCAUAAAGGAGUGUCAGAACUGGCAGAAAAACUCCUCGAUACGCAGUUUCGAGAUUUGGCCACGAUAUUACAAGUGGAAGACAGGUUGCGUUACAGUUUGACACCCCGAUACAAACAGCUACUUGGUCAUAUAAGUAAGGUCGAGGGAGGAGUGAAGUUUCUUGUGGAUCUUCGCGCUGAUGUAAUCGAAAUCACAUCGGCUAAAUCUAGUGACAGCCCGCAUAUAAGGGAUCUGAAUAACACACUGAAGAGUCUGUUGUCUGAGUGGUUCUCCGUGGGCCUGCUCCGCCUCGAGAGAAUAACCUGGCAGUCGCCCUGUGAACUCCUGCAGAAGAUCAGCCAGUAUGAGGCGGUCCACCCAGUGCGUAACUGGACAGAUAUAAAACGGAGAGUUGGCCCAUAUCGCCGCUGCUAUGCCUUCACACACGCCUCCAUGCCAGGAGAGCCCCUGGUUGUCUUACACGUGGCUCUCACAGAGAAUAUCUCAGACAACAUCCAGAGUAUUGUAAGAGAGUUCUCCACUCUAGACACGGAAGAAGAUGUGAACAAGAUCAACACUGCCAUCUUCUACUCAAUCUCCUCCACCCAGGCUGGCCUGCAGGGGGUGGAGCUAGGGAAUUACCUCAUCAAGAGGGUCGUUCGUGAGUUACAGAGUGAGUUCCCUCACAUGGCUCAGUUCUCCAGCCUGUCUCCCAUCCCAGGCUUCUCGGCUUGGCUCCUGGGGGUAUUGGCUCAGUACAGGAAGGAGGGCCGUGCCGCCGACCUCCUCUCCGAGCAGGAGUGGAGGGAGAUCGCGGAGGUGACGGGGACCGCCCCCGGCGCUCCCGCCCUGGAGGCCCUUCGCGGGCUGCUGAGCUCCGGCGAGUGGACCCGCUCGGAACGCCUGGUCCGUACGUUGGAGCCCAUCCUCAUGCGCUUGUGCGCUUGGUACCUGUACGGAGAGAAAAGACGGGGCUACGCCCUCAACCCAGUGGCCAACUUCCACCUGCAGAACGGCGCCACCUUGUGGAGGCUGAACUGGCACGCAGACACUAGCCCCAGAGGUGUGGCCAACUCCUUUGGCAUCAUGGUCAACUAUCGCUAUUUCCUGCAGGAGACCAGUGCCAACAGUGCCUCCUACCUGCAGAGUAAAGUCAUCACAGCUUCUGAGCAGGUGUUGAGUUUGGUCGGCCAAUAUCAGAAAAACAGUAAACUCUGAAUAAUAUCUACCACUGCCAAAACUGAAGUUAAUCCUUGCCAAUA